AUGCUCUUCACUGCUGCUCUUACCGGCCUCAUGGCCACCGCUGCCAUGGCUGCUCCCUACCGCCGACAGACAAACUCUACUACUGGCCUGAACGUUGUCUACUGGGGCCAGAACGGCGGCGGCACCAUCGAGAACAACGAUCUUUCUACCUACUGUACUGCCGAGUCAGGCAUUGAUGUGAUCGUUCUCGCGUUUCUCUACCAAUAUGGCAACGGUGUUACCAUUCCAAGUGGCGUUAUUGGCCAGAGCUGUGCCAUUGAUACCUCUGGCAACCCUUCAAACUGCGACGAUCUUGCCUCCGCCAUUGCUACUUGCAAGUCCAACGGAGUCAAGGUGGUCUUGUCUCUGGGCGGCGCAGUUGGUGCCUACUCUCUCUCUUCUCAGCAGGAGGCCGAGACUAUUGGACAGAACCUCUGGGACGCUUAUGGCGCUGGCAAUGGAACUGUUCCACGCCCAUUUGGCUCUACCACUGUUGACGGUUGGGAUUUCGACAUUGAGGCCUCGUCGGGCAACCAGUACUACCAGUACUUGAUCGCCAAGCUUCGCUCAAACUUCAACGGCGGCAACUACGUGAUCACAGGAGCUCCUCAAUGCCCGAUACCAGAGCCGAACAUGCAACAAAUCAUAACUACUUCGCAGUUCGAUUACCUUUGGGUCCAGUUCUACAACAACCCCAGCUGCUCCGUUGGCACUUCUACUCCCAACUUUGAUGACUGGGUUUCCAACGUUGCCAACACUCCCUCUGCUAAUGCCAAGAUCUUCCUUGGCGUUCCCGCAUCGACAUUGGGAGCUACCGGUACCGAAUCUGGUGCUCAAUACUAUCUUGAGCCCUCUGCUCUCAACACCCUCGUCGGCCAGUUCUCUUCCAACCCUGCCUUUGGCGGUGUCAUGAUGUGGGCUGCCGGUUUCUCCGACUCCAACGUCAACAACGGAUGCACUUACGCUCAAGAGGCCAAGAAAAUUCUUACUACUGGCCAGAUCUGCUAA